AUGGCUCGCUUUGGCUGGAAGCAAGCUCUGCUUGCCAUCUCUUCUUCGCUCGCCUAUGCCCAAGACUCGACUUCUUCGAACCCAGCAGAUGGCCUAACGACUACUGCGUACGGCUCUUCGACGACUGGCUCCAUUGCGAGUGCUACUGUUUCUGGCGCCACGAGCACUUUUUCUAUACCCUUCACUGUACCCGCGUCUGCCGACAUUGGACCCAAUGUGCUGCCGAAUGUCAAGGAUCCAAAUGCAAAGCAGGCACAAGCUUUAUGUCCUGGAUACAAAGCUAGCAAUGUGUCGAAUACCGAGUUUGGCUUUACAGCCACCUUGGGCCUUGCUGGAGACGCUUGCAAUGUCUACGGAACCGACAUCGAAACUCUUUCCUUCGAGCUUGACGUGCAGUCGGCGCAUAGAAUGCGGAUCUUGAUUCAGCCAGCGUACCUCGAUAACACCAACAGAAGCCAGUACAUCCUCAACGAGAACAUUGUGCCGGCUGGGCAGCAGGGUUUUGCACAACCCGAGACACAAAGCAUCGACUUGCAAUUUUCGUGGACGAACGAGCCGACGUUUGCCUUUACGGUUGUAAGGAAAUCGACUGGAGACGUGCUCUUCGACACCACUGGUAGCGUCCUUGUAUACGAGAACCAAUUCAUCGAGUUUGCGUCUCAGAUGCCCGAGAACUACAACAUCUAUGGCAUGGGAGAGCGCAUCCAUGGCUUGAGGCUGGGCAACAACUUUACUGCUACAUCUUACGCUGCUGAUGUUGGAGAUCCAAUCGACCAAAACAUUUACGGCGUUCAUCCUUUCUACCUCGAUACCAGAUACUACGAAGUUGACGAAGAGACUGGCGAGCAUACAUUGGUCACGACGCAAAACACCACAGCUGAUGGCGAAUACGUCGGCUUGAGCCAUGGCGUUUUCUUGCGAAAUGCACAUGGAAUGGAAGCCCUCAUGCUCCCGACCAAUCUCACCUGGCGCACCAUUGGUGGUAGCAUUGAUCUGUACAUCUUCGACGGUCCUACACAAGAGAAGGUGACGAAGCAAUACCAAAUUGGAGCCAUCGGCUUGCCUGUAAUGCAAUCUUACUGGACAUUUGGCUUUCAUCAGUGCCGUUGGGGCUACGAGAACUGGACAGAGUUGGAGGCUGUAGUCAACACCUACCGAGACUUCGACAUCCCUCUCGAAACCGUCUGGACCGACAUCGACUACAUGUUCCAGUACCGUGACUUCACCAACGAUCAGAAUACCUUCCCUUACGGUCCCGGUCAAGAAUUCCUCAGCCGUCUCCACGCCAAUGGCCAACACUACGUCCCCAUCGUCGACUCCGCCAUCUACAUUCCAAACCCCUACAAUGCCUCGGAUAACUACUCCAUAUACACGGAUGGCAACGAUCGUGGCGUGUUCCUCAAGAACCCUGAUGGUAGCCAAUACAUUGGCUCUGUCUGGCCAGGCUACACAGUAUUCCCUGACUGGCAUGCUGCUGAGGCUGUCCCAUGGUGGACAGACAGCAUGGAGGCACACCACAAGAACGUCCCAUGGGAUGGCAUCUGGAUCGACAUGUCUGAGGUUUCGUCCUUCUGCAUAGGAAGCUGUGGGACUGGCAACCUUAGUUUGAAUCCAGUCCACCCUCCCUUUGGCUUACCGGGUGAAGAGGGCAACAAGAUCUUCACCUACCCAGAAGGCUUUAAUUUGACCAACGCUACCGAGGCUUCUGCGGCAUCGUCUUUGUCCGCUUCACAAUCUUCGGCCGUCGCUGCUGCAACAACUGCGGGACCUUCAACCACGGCAUAUGUAAUGGCGCCAGCCAUUACUCCUGAUAUUCGCAAUGUCAACCAGCCUCCUUAUGUCAUCAACAACGUCCAGGGCGAUCUUGCGGUCCACGCAGUCAGCCCAAACGCGACUCACAUUGACGGAGUAGAAGAGUACGACGUUCACAGCUUGUUCGGCCACCAGAUCUUGAACGCAACGUACCAAGCUCUCCUGCACGUCUUCCCAGAGAAGCGACCUUUCAUCAUCGGACGGAGCACCUUCGCUGGAAGCGGAAAAUACGCCGGCCACUGGGGAGGUGACAACACCAGUCUCUUCGCGUACAUGUACUUCAGCAUCUCGCAAGCCCUGAACUUCGCGCUUUUCGGCAUCCCGAUGUUCGGCGUCGACACCUGCGGUUUUAACGGCAACUCAGACGAAGAGCUGUGCAAUCGCUGGAUGCAGCUGUCGGCCUUCUUCCCCUUCUAUCGCAACCACAACACCCUCUCUGCGAACUCACAAGAGGCGUACGUGUGGGCAUCGGUGGCCGAAGCUACCAAGAAGGCGAUGAACAUCCGCUACUCGCUUCUCCCCUACAUGUACACGCUCUUCUACUACGCACACACCACUGGAAGCACGGUCAUGCGAGCUUUGUCCUGGGAGUUCCCUAACGACCCGACUUUGGCUGCUGUCGACACGCAGUUCUUGCUUGGACCUGCUAUUUUGGUGGCACCAGCCCUCGGACAAGGCCAAACCGAAGUGCAAGCCGUAUUCCCUGGCGUCAAGCAGGGAGAAGUCUGGUACGACUGGUAUACGCAAGAGGCCAUGUCUGCGAAGCCAGGCGAGAACGUGACCAUUGCGGCGCCUCUUUCGCAUAUCCCUGUGUUCGUUCGUGGCGGGUAUAUCCUUCCACAGCAGGAAGCUCUGUACACCACGACAGAGUCCCGCAACUCUUCUUGGAGUCUGAUCACCGCUCUUGACAAGGACGGCUCAGCUACCGGGCAGAUCUACCUCGACGAUGGCGAAAGCAUAGCACCACCGUCCAGCUUGCUCGUUGAAUUGACCGCAUCGAACGGAACUUUGUGGGCAUCGAGUCGUGGCUUGUACAAAGACACCAACAGCCUGGCCAACGUGACCGUUCUCGGCGUACAGAGCGAGCCCAAGUCAGUCACGCUGAACGGAAUGUCCAUCAACAGCGGGUUGAGCUACAACAGCACGAGCAAAGUCUUGAGCUUGAAGGGCCUCCAGAAUGUCACCAGCAGUGGGGCUUGGGCGAGUGACUGGACCUUGAAGUGGUCUUGA